AUGGUGGUUAAUUGGGGAAACAGAACAUUGGGGAGUUCUAAAGGAGAGGUGGGUGAAUCAAAGGAAGGUGGUGUAUCAAAGGGCGAUACAAUGAGAGUCGAACAAAUGGGUUGCGCAAAGAAUGUCAAGGUUACAAGGUUUGGCGAAAUUAAAGUGGAAAGGAAGGUUGGAACUCGAUGGGAUGGCGAUAUUGAUCGGGAAAGCAGGACGAGAAGCUGGUGGGACGCAUCAGGAGAAAAGGAAGGGGUCAAGGUUAGGAGAUGGGAUAAGGGAGACACCAAGUCGGUUUUGGGCUGCGAAGACGAUGCGAUGGGCUCGCUGGUCCAGUUUUGGCUUUGA